AUGUCGCUUAUGGGGCAAAUCAAGUAUUGGGCUGAUAAGCUCGCCGUUGAGACCGAGCCCGGACUGACCUCGGCCCAGCUCAUGCUUUACAACCCUGAUCUCAAGCCCGUCGAGAAACAACGUCGGAUAUGGGGCGCCUGGAACUAUGUCGGUUUCUGGAUCGCUGACAGUGUCAAUAUUGGCACCUGGAUGAUUUCUUCUUCCAUGAUUGCCGGUGGCCUCUCUUGGUGGCAGGCUUGGUUGUGUGUCUGGAUAGGCUAUUCAAUCUCUGCCGUCUUUAUUGUCAUAAGUGGUCGCAUCGGCGCCAUCUACCAUCUCAGCUUUCCUGCUCUCAGCCGCGCCUCAUUUGGUGUUUGGGGUAGCUCAUGGCCAAUAUUCAAUCGUGCCGCCAUGUCCUGUGUUUGGUACGGCGUCGUCGCGUAUAUCGGUGGUCAGUGUGUCUACGUCAUGAUUCGCUCCAUAUGGACCUCGUGGGAUGCCGCCAAGAUGCCUGGUUCUUUCGGCACAUCGGCUACAAAUAUCCCCGAAUACGUCUCCUUCAUCAUAUUUUGGCUGGUUUCACUUCCAGCGCUCUGGUUUCCUGUGCAUAAGCUUCGACACUUGUUCACGGCAAAAGCGUUGAUUGCCCCAGUUGGUGCCACUGCCUUCCUUAUUUGGACACUUGUUCGGGCCAAGGGAGCUGGUCCUAUUAUCAAACAGCCCAGCAGUCUUCAUGGCACCGACUUGGCUUGGGAAAUAGUCAAGGGUGUCAUGUCCUCGAUCGGCAAUUUUGCCACGCUCAUUGCGAAUGCCAGCGAUUUCACCCGCUUUGCUCGCAAGCCAGCCCACGCCGCUUGGCCACAACUAGUUAUUAUUCCAACCUCGUUCGCCAUCACGUCUCUUUACGGCAUUCUGGUUUCGUCGUCAUCCGCUGUCAUUUACGGUGAAUACGUCUGGAAUCCUGUUCUUCUCCUCGGCAAGUUCAUCGAUGAUGGCGGCUCCGCAGACCGCUUUGGCGUCUUCAUGAUUGCGUUCGCACUAGCAUUUGCUCAACUUGGUACCAAUAUUUCUGCAAAUUCCGUCUCCACGGGUACCAGCCUGGCUGCCCUUGUCCCCCGCUACAUUGACAUUCGACGUGGUAGCUACAUCUGUGCCAUCGUCGGUCUGGCCAUGUGCCCAUACAACUUCAUUGGCUCCUCGAGCAAAUUUACCACCUACCUUUCGGCAUACAGCGUGUUCCUCAGCUCUAUUACCGGUGUUAUUGUGGCAGACUACUACUUUGUGCGUAAGGGCUUCCUUUGCGUCAACGACUUAUACAACGCCCGAAAGACGGGUCCAUACUACUACACGUAUGGUGUCAACUGGCGUGCCUAUACUGCCUACAUCUGUGGUAUCCUCAUCAACGUCGUCGGCUUUGCGGGCGCCGUCGGUGCCAUCGUUCCUCAGGGCGCAAUGUACGUUUUCCAAGUCAAUUUCUUCACUGGAUUUGGUGUUUCAGUUGGCAUCUACAUUGCGCUUUGCAAGUUGUUUCCUGUUCCUGAGACAAGCAAGGUAUGGAUGGAAGUUGGCGUAGAGGACGAAGAUUUCCGACCUCAAUACCAGGAUACCAAGGUUCCAGACGAGGAAAUGGAAGUUGGGGUCGCGGAAUUAGAGUCCAAAAAAUCGAGAAAACCUGCGUAA